ACGGGGUUUAAAUAGGUCUGAAAGCUUCUAAGCCAUAAGACACUUCAACACUUCAACACUUCUUCAGAGAAACACAAGUCUCCAACACCUAUUAAAAGAAGCAGACCAUGUCAAGAAUGGAGACACUUUUCCUGAUUAUCUUCCUUGGUGUGUCAGGAUUCACAGUUAUGGCGCUACCUCAAGCUAGAAAUUUAGCAUUGUAUGGAAGGGCCACCCAGUCAGACCUGGUUGAAAACCCCUCAUCAGGGUACAGUGAUGCCCACAAUGCCAUAGAUGGAAAUCGUGACCCAAAUUUUCAUCAUGGAUCUUGCACUGCUACUGAUGCACAGACUAAUCCCUGGUGGAGGGUUGAUCUACUGAGGCAGUACACUAUUACUUCAGUGGCCAUCACCAACAGAGGAGACUGCUGCGCUGACAACAUCAACGGAGCUGAGAUUCGUAUUGGCAGCUCCCUGCUGGACAAUGGCAAUCACAAUCCACUGGCAGAGGCUAUAUCCUCUAUCCCAGCUGGGAGAACCCUCAUCUUCAGCUGGGAUACAGGGAUGGAGGGCCGCUAUGUUAAUGUUUUUUUGCCUGGAAACGACAAGAUUUUGACACUUUGUGAGGUGGAGGUGUAUGGCUAUCCAGCACCAAAUGGUGAGAAUGUGGCUUUAAGAGGGAAAGCAACUCAGUCAGACCUUUAUGGAAAUGGAUUUGCAUACAAUGCCAUUGAUGGGAAUCGUGACGGAUCAUGGGGGCAUGGUUCCUGUACUCACACAAAAGCUCAUGUCAACCCUUGGUGGAGAGUGGAUUUGCUCCAGAAAUAUAAAGUCUUCUCUGUGAUAAUCACCAACACUGUGGAUAGUGUUCCCAGUAGACUGAAUGGAGCUGAAAUCAGAAUUGGAGAUUCUUUGGGCAACAAUGGCAUCAACAACCCCAGGUGUGCCGUAAUCUCCUCUAUUCCUGCUGGGUUUUCCAAGACCUUUGAGUGUUAUGGGAUGGAGGGACGCUAUAUUACCGUGGUGAUUCCUGGACGUGCAGAGUACCUGACGCUCUGUGAGGUGGAGGUAUAUGGAUCACCGCUGGACUAAAGCCCAGGGAAACAGCACAGGAGGAGACAAGCCAUCUGUACACCAAUAUUCCUGUAGCUGUUUAUUUUGGCCUCACAUUUUAUAUCUCUCUGUUUAUGAUAUUCCUCAGCAAUGUUUGGGUGUCUGAUUAACAAAGUGAAGGUUAUGCCUAUCUCUAUCUGUCUCUCUCUGUCUCUCGCUCUCCUACCUGUAGGUACAUAGUCAAAGUGUAAUGAUAAAUAAUAAUAUCCAUAAUAAUGAUAAAUAAUGAUUUCCAUUUCUCCAGGGAGUGCUGGAUAUUUCAUAAUGAAUUAUUGGGCUCUGUUGUGUGAUUAAAUCAAUCCAAUUAAAGAAUGAAAAUGCA